CACCGGGAUCUUGUUGCAUUGCUGGUGUAAGCCCCCCUUCCAGAAGAACUGCUCUUGCCCAUCUCCGCCUCCCCGGGAACAGCCGAAGGGGGUUGUGGAGUGAUAAAAAUUUAUGUUUUCAUCAAGCCGGACCAAGGAGAAUGGGGGUCCCACACCCAAAAGAAUGAAGACACGACAGAACAAGGACUCAAUGUCAAUGCGGAGUGGACGGAAGAAAGAGACUCCAGGGCCCCGAGAGGAGCUCAGGUCACGGGGUCGAGCUUCCCCUGGGGGCGUCAGCACCUCCAGCAGUGAUGGCAAGGCUGAGAAAUCCCGACAAGCGACAAAGAAAGGCCGGGUGGAGGAAUCCUGCACCCCCAAGGGCAGCAAGCAGGGCCGAACAGAAGAGAUCUCGGAGAGUGAAGGGGAGGACACCAACGCUCCCAAAAAAACCAAAACCGAGGAGUUGCCCUGCCCUCCAUCCCCAUCCGACGUUGACAGCCUUGAUGGCCACAGCUUCAAUGAUGAGAUGAGCAGUGACCCACGGGACAUUGACCAGGAUAACAGGAGCACCUCACCCAGUGUCUACAGCCCUGGCAGCGUGGAGAAUGACUCCGACUCCUCCUCUGUGCUGUCCCAGGGGCCGUCUCACUCCUACCACCACCCUCCACUCUUCCCCCAGAGCCCACCGGUAGCUCCCCCUCCUGACAGCCUGGCCCGUCCACCCGAACCCAGCUUUGGGCUCCCGGGCGAGGUGCACCCCCAGGGACCCCCUGCAGGGAGCUACCACUCCCAGCUGGAGGGUCAGGCCUCCCGCAUUUUCCAGGCUCAAGCCCCACAGACACCUGCCUCCUCCUCCUCUGCUGUUGCUGUUUCGCCUCUCGCCCCCAGAUUCAACAAACACCUAGACCGUGGCUUCAACUCCUGCUCCCGCACAGACCUGUACUUUGUGCCCCUCGAUGGCUCCAAGCUGGCCAAGAAAAGGGCAGACUUGGUGGAGAAAGUGCGGCGAGAGGCUGAGCAGAAGGCGCGGGAAGAGAAGGAGCGGGAACGGGAGCGGGAGCGGGAGAAGGAGCGGGAGCGGGAGAAGGAGCGGGAGCUGGAAAGGAGCGUGAAGAUGGCUCAGGAGGGCCGGACGGUUGAGUGUUCAUCCCUCGGGCCGGUUCCCCACCGCCCCUCCUUCGAGCAGGGCAGUGCUGUAGCAACUGUUCCCCCGUACCUGGGCCCCGACACCCCAGCUCUGCGCACCCUCAGCGAAUAUGCACGGCCCCACGUCAUGUCCCCCAGCAACCGUAACCACCCUUUCUAUGUGCCGCUGGGUGCGGUUGACCCAGGCUUGCUGGGGUACAACGUGCCGGCCAUCUACAGCAGUGAUCCAGCGACGCGGGAGCGAGAGCUGAGGGAGCGAGAAGCCCGUGAACGAGACCUGAGGGACCGGGACCUGCGUGAACGUCUCAAGCCCGGCUUUGAAGUCAAGCCAGCCGAAUUGGAGCAGCUCCACGCCGUGCCAGCUGCUGCCAUGGAUCCGUUCCCACGCCAUGGUGGGCUGAGUCUGCAGACGGCCCCCGGCCUUCAUCCCGCUUUUCCCUUCCACCCAGGGCUGGGCCACUUGGAGCGGGAGAGGCUGGCGCUGGCAGCUGGCCCGACCCUUCGUCCCGACAUGUCCUACGCCGAGCGCUUGGCGGCUGAGCGCCAGCACGCCGAGCGGGUGGCUGCUCUCAGCAAUGACCCUCUGGCCCGGCUGCAGAUGCUCAAUGUGACACCUCAUCAUCAUCAGCAUUCCCACAUCCACUCCCACCUCCAUCUCCACCAGCAGGAUGCCAUACAUGCAGCCUCAGCCUCUGUUCACCCUCUUAUUGACCCACUUGCCUCGGGAUCACACCUCACCCGGAUACCGUACCCAGCUGGAACCAUCCCCAACCCUCUCCUGCCUCACCCUCUACAUGAGAAUGAAGUGCUGCGCCACCAGCUUUUUGCUGCACCCUACAGGGACCUGCCGGGCUCUCUCUCCGCGCCCAUGUCAGCAGCACAUCAGCUCCAGGCCAUGCACGCGCAGUCAGCUGAGCUGCAGCGCCUGGCUCUGGAACAGCAGCAGUGGCUUCACGCCCAUCACCCUCUGCACGGCGUGCCGCUCCCGACGCAGGAGGAUUACUACAGCCACCUGAAGAAAGAAAGUGACAAACCCCUUUAAGUGGACUUUUACUGUCAACGUGACAUCUUCAUGUCUUUCUCUCAAGAGGAGCAAUCAAUCAACCAAAUCCUGGGGGAGGGGAAGCUGCAGAGUGACACCUCCUGAACCCACCAUGCAGUAGAGUGCAAGAGAAGACGGGACAAAAAGUACAGGAUGGCAUCCUGGGAGCAGAAAGUGGAGGCGAGAAAAUGGGGAGGGACUGAAACACCACUAACGGACAUGAAACGAUCGGUACGUGAUUUCAGCAGAGCUCUGAAGAAGACAGAAUCAGCAUUGCACAGAGCUCAAAAAGACAAAGACUGACGUGAAUUCAGGAUGGCGGCAGCCCCAUCCUUUGUUUUGGGGGAACAGUUGCAUUAAAUAAAAAGCGCAGAGCGUUACAGGACUUCAUGUACAUGAUGCUGCUGCCUUUUCUGCUUCUGCGAGGAGGAGGUGUGGCCAAGAAGUAACUCAAAACCCAACAGAGCCUUUUUUCAAGAUGCCUCCUCACACCCCGCCCCCCUUUAGGUGUAAGAUACUGCUUAGCGAUACAAAAAAGCAACGUGGAACUUUUUCAGAUUGGCCAGAGCAGCUUCCCGUUCUCCAACAUCCCUUCAGAUGCAAACAAAGCAUUACGGGACCCCUUCAAAAGCGGCCGCUCCUGCCUGCAGAGGGACGGGUCCCAGCCAUCGGGGUGCAAAGCACCGCAAGACUGUUUGCAAGAUGGUGGCUGUGCUUUCCCACGGCUGAUGGGAACGGGCGCGGCUACGAGGUGCAAAGCACCAGGAGACUGUUUUCAAGACUGCAAUCACCACCAUGACCCCUUCUGAGCCCCGCGGGGAGAGCUGAUGUGGCCGAGCGUACUGCGUCCUGGGACUCUUUAAGAUGGCGGCUGCCCCUUUCCCCUCACCCAUUCUAAUUGAUGUACUUUAACUCAUGCACAUCCUAUUAGACGUGGCAGUUUUAUGUAGCAACUUGUGACUCCCUUGCCCCCGCGUGCGUGUCUGAUUUCACAGUUGUAUCUCUCGAUUGGUCCCCGUAUAUAUAUUUACUUAACCAUUAAAAGGAAAAGAAAAACCAACCAACAACCCAGCUAUGGAAAACCACCCAAAUGAAGUUCCCCACGCACUCCCAAGCCCCAACACACAUUCUAAAAAUUUAUAUAUAUAAAUAUAUAUAUGACGCUCUUAAAAAAAAAAAACCCAAACAAAAAGACCCUUCCAG